UAUGUAGUUAUAGUUCUUCUACAAAUAAGUGAGAACACGAGUUUGUGAGGUAAUAAGGAGAGGCUUUUGCGAUCAGAAUCAAAUUAAAAUUUGGGUCUUUUUGCCCGCUCUUGUAAGAGGUAAAUAUCUUUAGGACAAAAGAAAAAAACAUCUAGGGCACGGUAAUUCAAUUUUUGAACGAUACCAGAGGCGAAACCAUAACUGUUCAAAACUUUGGAAGUACAAAUAAUACCGUAAGUAGGCAUACCUACUUACCAAAUAAUAACUGAAAAGAUGAGACCUCCGAAGAUUUAUGACCUUUUCUAUCUUUUCUUCCUUUACUCUCACUGUUUUUCUACAGGUUUGUUUCCCGYAAACCUCCAAACAAUGUAUUUCGAGCAAGGAUCYCCAUUAGUUACAGAGCAAUUUCUUAAGUCUUUAAAUUUUGGUAGCACGUAUACAUUAUUUCCACGCUACACAGUUCUGGAAUCUGAGUUUACCAAGACUGAAGAAAACGUAUAUCUUAAAAUAGAUGACAUCGUCAGAAACACUUUUCACCUUUAUGAAUCGAAAUUUCCAGAUUACCAAAAUUACAAAAUCUCCAUUUUUAACYCAAGUAUGGUGGUAAUUGCAAAAUGUAAAAAUUAUAAUUCUUGCGAAGUAUUAGAAGAUUGUAUUGAAGCAUCUAUUGAGGAUGAAGAGAUUGGUGGAAAUCAACUACCAUUGCCGGACAAUAUUGUGUACAUUUCUUGGAAAAAAAUGUUAUGGAGAUUAUUUCUUCUUGUUCAGUAUAAAGCAAAAAUAACAAGAUGCGGCGAUUUUAAUAAUCAUAUUGACAUCAAGAAAGUAGUCAUCCAAAGUAAUACGAGAAGAAAUUUUGCUUAUACAAAAUAUGAGGUGUUAACAACAACAAAGUACACCCAGAUACAAUCAGGAAAUUUUAGUUUAAAAAAAGGUGAAUCAGUAUAUGUGCGAGCAUUGCACAGCUCUUAUUGUUUAAUGAAAUUACUGUUAACGUGUGGCAAUGAAACUAAUCGCAAUGAAAUACAAUUAUCAGCUGAUCAAGGGCCUCGUGUGUCAUUUUCAAAUGAUUUCUUCACCUUUGGAUGGAAGAAAAUUGAAAUGUCAUUAAAAAAACAAACUACAUUUAACAACUGUACUUUAAUAAUGCAUGGAUGUUAUAAUGAGACAAAACCUGUAGACAGCAACAGAUCCUGGACAGCAACGUGUCAUAUCACCAUUUCGGCCACCCAAACGAAGAAGAAAGACAAUCUGUCACAUAAACAUACAGAAAAUUGCUCAUGUAUCAAUAACCUAGUUUUAUAUUUAGGCAUAAGUUGUUUUAUUUUGACUGUACUCGUAUCAUUAUUUGUAGUCUGGUGUAGAAAAAAAACAUUAAAAAUAUUUUAGAUGAAAAGGGGGAAAAUGAAGAAAAAAGGAAUAGUUAAAUCGUAUUCAAAGGGUUAUAACCAUUAAUUGCUAAUUUUCUUUUAAUUAAUAAUAGUAAUAAUAAGUGCUUGCGCUUAUGCCCAGUAAUAUCCCGAAAAAAGAACACCUUCUGGCACGAUCAGGUCAGUUGAGAGCAAUUUGAACUGGUAUUUUAAUAUACUAUUGUGACAAAUUUUAACUAUGCUCGCUAUAAUUUCAUACCUGACUUAUAAAAACAUAAUGUUGGUUGCAUGGAGAAUUCAGGCUCAUUAUUUCUUUGUGAAUCACUCUGAAUACCGAGGUGGGAGAUGCUUCAUUACCAAGGCGAGAUGCUUCAUUACCAAGGCGCGAUUAAGCCAGGGUAUAUGUAUGUAGAGUGGUCGCAAAGCAAGACCAGCACAUCUAUAAAGUUGCACUGAAAAGAGGUUUACGUUUAGCCGAGUCCACUUUGAAAUUUAAGUGAUGGUUUAGUCUCAGUGGCGUAGGUUACCCAUAAAGUAGGGUAAGUAGGAAUACGGUAAAAUACUAUCUACUUACAUACGAGCUUUUAUAAAAUAUUUUCAUUACAUAAAUACCGCUUUAUCAUCCAGAAUUAAAAUCGAAAAAAUUUGGGCUUUAGUUAAAAACUAGGUUGCUGCAAGAAAUGCCGCAUGUAAAUUAACGAUGUACAACAUUCAUGCUAUAUUAUUUAAAUUCAUUUCGGUAAUUCCAUAUUAACUCCGAUGAUUCUAAAUAACUGAGUGACAAAGACUGAUUUUUAUUUAUUUAUUAGAUAAUAAUUAUUUUGUUCUUGUACGUCUAAAACCUUAUUAUAAAUAAUUUUUAUUUUUAUGACAACUCCUUAUUUUAUUUAAGAAUUUUUAAACACAUUUAAAAAAGAAUACAUUUAUCAAAUUACAACGACACCUAUGCCAACUGACGAUCCGCGUACUGUCAGAUGUCGAUAACUCAACAUGCUGUUCUUGCUUUGCGAGUUUGCGACCACUCUACCUACGAUGGCAACGACCACCAAGGUUUGUAAGCAUACUUACUGUUUUAUUCACAAUCAUCCUUCUGAAAGAACAGAAAAACAAUAAAAAAAUUAUCAAAUCUUGAAAUUGCUUUUUAUGUUUUUAUUAAGUGGGAAAUAAACAUAUCCGAUAUUAAUAGUGCUAGUAAAAUGGAAUGUACUCCUCUUAAACUCAGGGAUGUUGCUGACCAAGCAACAGAAGAUCUAAAAACCAAGUAGAAAAAUGGCUACUACGGAUAUCUAAAGACUAGGACACGACACUAUGUAAUACAAAAAAAAGUAAGUCGUUCGUUUUUCACAGCUUAUGAAGAAUGUAAAGCUCAACAUUUUGCAUUUUUUUCCAAGCAAUUAGUAAACUGGUUGAAUUUAAAUUAAUCUAAUCGUUUGAUUGGGAACUGAGACGGUAAAAGGCCCUAAGCGCCCUCAUUUUUACUCCGCCGUACUACUUUUUUGGAUACAAAAAAUCGAGCAAUUUUGUAUCUCGUUUCGUCGCCUAGUAUGUAAUUAUCCGUAAUGGAUACUUACUUGCUACUUCCCACCCUAAACUGUCAUGAAGUUGAAAUGUCAUACUUUUCAAUUUUUCACAUGUAUUUUGAUUAUUUGAUUAUAAGCUUAUGAUUAUAAUUAAAAAUUGUUCUAUUCAAAGUUGAUUAUAUGUAAUAUCUUUUUCUAGGUAUUAGAUGAUUUCUUGAUAACAUUAAACUUGUUGAUGUUUCAAAACUUUAUUAUGUUAAAAUAUUAUAAACCUGGUUAAAAUUUGGCUUGGGCAGUUAUAAUUGGAAAGAAUUUUGUCAAAAAUAAUUUUUACAAAAAAUUAUUAUUAUUAUAAAAAAAUAUUAAUUAUUAUUAUAAAAAAUUACUGCCAUGCCCAAAUCAAAUUAACUCGGAUGCAGUUACAAUUGAUUAUAUUUGUGCCAUCGGUGGACAUUAAAAGCUCGGAUAUUGUCACUCAAAUUAAAAACUGUCAGCAAUCUAAAGAUGAUCAUCGAAGUUCUUUCAAGAUAAAGAGAUGCUAGAUCAAUUGUGUUAUUUACAAAACCCUUUUAAAACUCAACUUUAACUUGAUGUGUUUCUGUCAAUAUGUCAUAACUUUUAUAACCUUAUUUGUAAAAAACUUCUAAUUUUUCGAAUUAUACAAUUGUCAUGUGUGUCCUAGUUUUUUAUGUCCACCGAUGGUGCGUAUUUUUACUUAUUUACUUACUACAUAGAAAAAACAAAAAUAGCUAUUUAUGUAUCAAGUACGCAAAAUAGGGUUUUAGGGGACGAAUCGUAAUCAAUGACGAGGCGACGUAGGAGCCGAGUC